AUGGGGCAACGGCAUGGUGCCAAGAGUGUUCUCCUGGUCGCGCUUCUCUUCAGCCUGUUCGCCUCAUGCUCGCACUCCUGGCAAGUCAAGUGUACUAGCGGACCUCUCUCCGGCUCCAUUGGCCGAACCGUCAGCGUCACGAGGGCUGUGCUGAAGCAGCAGCGCAUUCCUGGGUUCGUCUUCGGGAGGAGAGAUGCCGAUGGCGUUCUCACCAUCACCGUUUACAAGAGAGGCAAUAACAUCAACGUGAAAUUCCGCCUCAUUACGGAGAGCGUAUUCGUCCCCACCACUCGGUACAUUAACUUCGGUCCUGUGGGGUACGACGGGCCACCUCUGCUCUCGAUUCCCGGUAGAGGCCGUAUGCGCUGGCGCUUCGACGGACCCAAGUACUGGAUCACGGGAUGGGUCAUGAACGCGCAACGGAAACCCUCGCUAAACGCUAGCAGGACUGUCGCAGAUGUUCUACAGGAGGUUGAUGCGAACCCCGGAACGCACUACGCGAUUGUGAAUAGCGCGGCGAAUUGGAAGGGUGCGAUUCGGGGGCAGCUGAGACGAGCGUUUUUCGUGCCGUGCGUGGCGGGGCGUGGGAGGCGAUUCCUCUUAGACUCACCAUAG